GAGGCUUUUACGGCGAUCAGAAUAGAAACUAAACGAAGUGAAAUUCACAACUUGUGGCUCUCGAACAAGUAUGCAUAAACAAUAUUUAUUGUUUACUGUGUUCACCGUUGGUGCUUUCGCAGUACCCGAUGGAUAUUACCAGUUUAACUGUCCAAAAGAACAUGGACAGUUUGAGGAUCCUUACCAGUGUGAUAAAUAUUAUGAGUGCAAUAAUGGUCGUGCCACGGAGAAGCUUUGUCCCGAUGGCUUAGUGUUUGAUCCUGAGAGCAAACGUGUCAGCAAGUGUGAUCAGCCUUUCAAUGUAGACUGUGGCGAUCGCAAGGAACUUCAACCGCCAAACCAAGUCGGAGUUUGUUUGCGUCAAAAUGGAUUUUUUCCUCAUCCAGAUCCUUCAAUGUGCCACAUUUUCUACAACUGCGUGAACGGUCAGGAGCUUGAAAUUACCUGUUCGGCUGGAUUGCAUUUCGAUUGGGAGACUGGAAUUUGUGUGUGGCCGGAAACAGCUGGAAGAACUGGUUGCAAGGGAAAUCCUAAUAGAAAAUUAAACGAUGGCUUCCAGUGUCCUGCCGAAUACAAAAAUGUUGAUGGCAAUGGACAGAUAAUCCCACAUCCAAAUUUUCCACAUCCGAGCGAUUGCGCGAAAUUUUACAUAUGUCUCAAUGGGGUCGAACCGAGACUGGGCGCUUGUUUCGGCGGUUUAGUUUAUAAUCCGGAAACUCAGCGUUGUGAUGAACCGGAGAAUGUUCCUGGAUGUGAGCACUGGCAGAAUCAAUCCGUUGAAUCCGAGAAAUGAAGGCUUGCUUCGAUUUUACGAAGAUCAAUUUAGGUAGCAAAGCAAUUUGGGCG